CACUACUUCCACGAAGCGGAGCGUCCAUUAGCUGUCUGCCGAAUCUCCUGGAGCAAAGUGAAUAAUCAACGUCUCCUGCGCCUCAUUCAUCGAGCGUCGCGCAUCGAGCGAGCGUAGUGGUGGCCCCAAGCUUAACUCGGGGCUGACAGAGAGGCGGGCCACGCUGGAUGGAUCUGCACUGGUGCCGGAGCGGCCGAUGACACGGAGCUGUCCGUGGUAGACGCCGAGAUCGGACGGCGCGUGGAGAACGAGAGAAGGGAGCAAGGACUCGCAGUGACGAGCUCAGACACAGCGGCCGGAUUACGGACAGAGAUAGAGAGAGAGACUGACAUGCACACGCACUCGUGUACAGAUAGACGCACACAGAUGCACGCACACACACACGUAGGAACACAGGUACACACACAGACAUAGACAGGUCAGGAGAUCCACUCGCAGGUCAUCACGCCCAACGCCUUGCCAUCGCCUGUCUUUGUCAGCUGCUAUGGCCUAAUUAUUCCACCAUGUGGGUUUAGGUCUUAGCCUGAGGUUACUGACCACCUACACACAGAUACGCAGAAACAUUGAAAUAUAUAUUGCCACCUGCAGAGACACAAGCACACGCCCACACUCGGACACAAAGACGCGCGCGUGCACAGGCAGGCGAGGCUGCAAGGUGACCCGGACGAUGGCGAGCGCCGUGAGCAUCCUCGGAGUUCUCAUCUCGCUGCUGGCGGUGUUCCCACAACCACCCGCGCAUGCACAGGAAGCCGCGGCGGCGGUGGCGCCGUGCGGUGAGGCGGUGCGUGCGGUGGACGUCGUCUUCCUGGUGGACGGCUCGUGGAGCAUCGGCCGAGUGCUCUUCCAGGAGGUGAAGGCGUUCGUGGAGGCGGCCGCGCGCCUCCUGCUGCCCGCGCUGGGCCGCAGGGGCGUGCGCAUCGGCCUCGCUCAGUACAGCGAUGAGCCCAGGUCGGAGUUUGCGCUCACGGAACACACGCGGGCGGCGACGCUGCUCUCCGCUCUGCGCUCGCUGCCCUACAAGGGCGGGAACACGCGCACCGGCGAGGGCCUCCGCUUCCUCCGCGACGUCAUGUUCGUGCCUUCCGCCACCCGGCCCGGCGUGCCCAAGGUUGCCAUCGUGAUUACGGAUGGAAAGUCUCAGGAUGGAGUGUCCGGCCCGGCACAGAGACUCAAGGAUCUCGGGGUCAUCAUCUUCGCUGUGGGCAUCAAGAACGCUGACAAGGCGGAGCUGGCCAGCAUGGCUUCCGACCCGCCCGACGCCCACUCGCUCUACGUGGAGGACUUCCGCGCGCUGCGCACCGCGCUCCCGCGCAUCGCCCUGCGGAUCUGCGAGCGAGCGAGCGGGGGCCCCACGGGGGCGCCUGAGGAGGGCGACAACGACGGCGACGAGGAGGUGGACGAGGGGCCCACGGGCGACAGCAAUGUGUUGUUUGGCUCACGUCCACCCGACCCCGGCCUCCCGCUCGUGUCUCGGUUCCGCGUGCUGGACGAGGGCCUGCACACGCUCAGAGUCACGUGGGACGGCCCCCAGGGGAAAGUCCUCUCCUACCGCCUCCUCUACAGCGUACACGGUGGAUCCGGCGGCGGGGGCCAGGAGGUGAUCGUGGGUGCCGACGCGACGUCGCACACGCUGACCGACCUGGCGCAGGACACGGCCUACGCUCUCAGCAUCCAGGCCGUGUCGCCCACCGGACCAGGGCCCGUGGUCUCCACCGUCGGGAGGACACUGAAGCCUCAGACCGUGCGCCAGCUGCUGCUGCAGAACGUGACGACAGAUGCGGUGCGCGUGGCGUGGAGCCUCGUCAAGGGCGCCACCGGAUACCGCCUCACCUGGGCCCCGGCAGGCGGUGACCCGCAGAGCCUGAGCCUGGGGGAGUCCUACGGCUUCUACCAGCUGCAGGGCCUGCAGGCCGCCACGGACUACGAGGUGUUGGUCAACCCCGUGUACGGCUCCGUCGAGGGUCCCACGACGACCGCCCGCACGCGCACACUGACUGCUAGCUCGGUCCAGAACCUUCGAGCGUCUGCGGAGUCUGGCAGCGCCAUCCAGGUCAACUGGAGCGUCCUGCCGGGAGCGACCGGCUACCGGCUCACAUGGGCGCCUUCCUCCGACAUCACCGGGAGAGACCGCCUGGAGCAGAUGACUCUGGGUGGCGCCGUGGACAGGUUCCUGGCGACGGGGCUGGUGCCGGGUACGGAGUACGUCAUCACCCUCUACGCCCUCUUCCAGGAGACGCAGGGGCCCGGCAUCUCCGUGGCAGCACGCAUGGCCGGCGACCUGACGACGGUGCAGGACUUCCGCGUGGUCUCGGUCGACUCGUCGUCCAUCACCGUGACGUGGACGCCGCUGGCGAGGGCCACCGAGUACAAGCUCACGUGGGGGCUGCGCUCCGAUCCCAUGCCCAAUCCCGAGUUUCUGGACAAAACCAUCAGCACAUACAGGGUGGAGGGGCUUGCUUGGAAUACGGAGUACCAGGUGUCCAUCAGACCCAUCUACAACGAUGUGGAGGGACCUCAGUCCACGCUGCAGCAGUCAACUGGCGGGGCGGUGGAGCCCCAGCUGGUGGGGCCCGUGGGAGACCUGCAGGUGGUGAAGGUCGGUAGCUCCAGCGUGAGGCUCGCCUGGAGCGGUGUCCCCGGCGCCACUGCGUACCGCGUCUACUGGCGGCUCGCGAGCGGCGGCGGACAGGGCAGCCAGACGGUGUCUCCUGAAUCCACAUCGCACCUGGUCACGGGUCUCCAGACGGACGCCGCCUACCUGCUCGAGGUGUCGGCGCUGCAGGGCAACCAGGAGGGGCCCCGCAAGACCGUCUCGGCGCAGACCGAAGGACGUGACGAGACCCAGGGAUUUCGUGUCGGGGGUUACACCGACGGGAAGCUGCAGCUCGUGUGGGACCGUGUCGCCGCGGCAACAGGAUACGUGCUCACCUGGCAAUCAGCGUCUGCGCCGGAGCAAACCAGGGAGCAGUUUGUGACCCUGCGCCCCGAGCAGACGUCGUUCAACGUCGCCAAUCUGCAGAUGGGUCGCUCCUACCUCUUCAAGCUCACCCCCAUGCACACCACGGGAGAGGGGCAGCCCGCGUCGCUCACCCACCUCGUCGUUUGCAGCAAGGCCCGGGGAGAUAUCGUGUUCCUCAUCGAUGGCUCCACAAGCAUCGGCCUGGAGAACUUUGCCCUCGUGCGACAGUUCCUCCAUCGCAUUGCCUCCUCCUUCCCCACCAUCGGGCCCGACACCACGCAGGUGGCGGUGGUGCAGUACAGCACCGACCCACGCAAGGAGUUCUUGCUGAACGAGUACCGUGACCGCGAGCUGCUGCUGCAGGCCAUCCGCAGCCUGCCCUACAUGGGGGGCAACACACGGACCGGCCGGGCGAUCGAGUUUGCGCUGUCCACCAUAUUCCUCCGCGACGCCGGGAUGCGCCCAGACACCCCCAACCUUCUCAUCGUCGUCACGGACGGCCGCUCCCAGGACAACGUGUCGGCCCCCGCGUGGCACGCCCGUGCCGCCGGCGUGCGCGUGUAUGCGGUGGGAGUGGGCAGCUCAGACCCGGCGGAGCUCCGCAUCAUCACGGGGGAGCCGGAGGCCGGGCCCUUGCCGGGCCGACGCCGCUCCGUCUACUUUGCCGACUCGUUCGAGGACCUGACGGCGAUCGGGGAGGAGCUCGCCGAGUCCGUGUGCCAGGGAGCGGUCGAGCCCGUCAUACCGCCGAGGCCCGUGGAGCCGUGCGUCAUCCAGUGCCCGCAGGGUGCAAAAGGAGAAAUGGGCAGGAGAGGUGCACAAGGGUCUCCAGGUCUACGAGGAGAUUUGGGACCUCCCGGCGAGCCCGGCGUUCCUGGCAGCGGGGGCGGUGGAGAGAAAGGGAAGAAAGGAGAGCGGGGUUUGCCAGGCCAGGAUGGGUUACCAGGACAACCUGGUCGCCCGGGCAACCCAGGUCCGCAGGGAACACAGGGCCCACAGGGGGUGCAGGGACCAGCCGGCCAACCAGGUGAACCCGGCCGCUCGGGUCUGAAUGGCCUCAUGGGAAGCAAGGGAGUGAAGGGGGAACCGGGCCCUGUGGUGGAUGGAUCCGGAGGGAUUCCCGGCCGGAAAGGGGAGCCAGGCCCAAUGGGCCUCCCUGGGUCCCCCGGAUCGCCUGGCCUCAGAGGAGACACCGGUCCUUCGGGUAUGCCCGGCGCACCGGGAACGGCAGGCAUGUCCAUCAAGGGAAGCAAGGGCGAGAUGGGCGAGAGGGGCCCUGCAGGAUCGGCGGCAGAGUUCGGAGAGAAGGGGGAGCCAGGACUGCCCGGCAAGCAGGGUUUGCCUGGCAUCAUCGGGCCUCUUGGGCCCCCUGGCGUUCCUGGGGUCCAUGGAGACAAGGGGGAUGCUGGACUGGGUUUGCCAGGGCAACCAGGAAAGCCGGGAGAUCCUGGCGAGCAGGGCUUCCGUGGGCCUCCUGGAGCUAUGGGGCCAAAGGGUGAUCCUGGGCCAGUCGGGCCAGUGGGCUCAAAAGGGGACAGAGGAGAGAGGGGAGUCAUGGGUCCUGCUGGCGACAAGGGUGUCGCUGGCUCUCCAGGGCCUCUCGGGCCACAGGGGGUUCCCGGGCUUCAAGGGCCACCUGGACCCAGAGGAGAGAAGGGCGAACUGGGACCCAGGGGCCUGGACGGAGAAAGUAUAAAGGGCUCAUCCGGGCCUCCAGGACUAAAGGGAGACAGAGGACCCCCUGGACCACACGGCCCCAGUGGCGAGUCGGGCGAGGCCGGGCAAAAGGGCGACAAGGGCAGCAUAGGAGCCGGGCUGCCUGGCGGUGUCGGGGCCAAGGGGGAACCCGGAGAUCGGGGCCCCAACGGACCGCUGGGCCGGCCAGGUGACAAGGGUGAGCCAGGAGCCAAGGGCGAUGCCGGAGAGCCAGGCCGCCCAGGGACUCCGGGCCCUGCCGGGCUCCGAGGGAAAGACGGUGAAAAAGGAGACGUGGGUACUCCCGGAGCGAAGGGAGAUGCUGGUCCUGACGGAGACUCUGGACCCAGAGGGCUCCGGGGUCCGGCAGGGCUCAACGGUGCCCCCGGAGCGAAAGGGGACAAGGGGGAGCUGGGCUUGCUUGGGCGCGACGGGGCUGAUGGCCAGGCGGGGACAAAGGGUGCCAAAGGAGAGAUGGGAGACGCAGGAAUUCCAGGCCCACCAGGGAAAAUUGUGGAAAUCGAGAAAACAGUCGCUGGAGAAAAGGGCGAGAAGGGAGACCUCGGGGAUCCCGGCGAGGACGGCAUUAAUGGAGCCAAGGGGGACCGGGGAUCAGUGGGGCCCGUGGGGGACCGGGGCCCUGAAGGACCUCCUGGGCCUCCAGGAACAAGGGGUGACUCGGGAGAGCGAGGACCCUCUGGGGAAAAGGGAGAAAGAGGAGCGUCUGGCGUGGACGGCAGGAACGGAAUCGAUGGGAAGGACGGGCUGCCUGGGCCUCCCGGGACCAGGGGUGACCCCGGGAAGCAGGGCGACGCAGGACGAGAUGGCCUCCCAGGCCUGCGGGGGGAGGCCGGCCUCCCAGGUGCCCCCGGACCUCCAGGACCCCUCGGUCUCCCGGGCAAAGCAGGAGAUGAUGGAAAAGCAGGAAUUCCCGGCCGGGACGGAGAGGAUGGCAACCCAGGGGAGGAUGGAAAAAAGGGCGACAAAGGGGAACCGGGGCUGUCAGGCAAAGACGGGAGGGACGGAGCAAGGGGCGAUCGUGGCGACGCGGGUCCCUCCGGGCCCAUGGGCCCCCCAGGACAGACGGGCCUACCUGGCCCCCCAGGCCAGGUGAUCACCGUGAAGGGAGAGGGUGGCACGGCUGUCCCAGGACCUCAAGGACCUGCAGGCGUCCCAGGCAUCCCCGGAGUGCCGGGGCCAAUGGGUUCACAGGGAGACAAGGGGGACACUGGGCAGAAAGGAGACAAGGGUGAGGCCGGAGCCCACGGGACUGCAGGGUCACCAGCCGAAUCCCCGGACCUGGAGAAAUACUUCGAGUCGUACGGAAUCACGAUGAUUGCAGUCAAGGAGCUGACGGAGCGGGGGACCGGAGCGGGGAUCGUCAAGCCUGGCGAGCCGGGGCCGUCCGGGGAGAAAGGGGAGCGAGGUGCUCGAGGGGAGCCCGGGGAGAGGGGCCUGGCGGGCAGAGAGGGACCUGCGGGACUGUCCGGCGAACGUGGUCUGAAAGGCGACCGUGGGCCGUCGGGGCCUCCAGGGCCUCCCGGACCCCCAGGCAUCGUGCAAGCUGAUCAGGGUCCCCCUGGCCCGUCUGGGCAGGACGGAGACCCCGGCCCCCCAGGAGGACCGGGCGCCCCAGGAAAGGCUGGAGAGCCAGGGGUCAAGGGUCGUUUGGGAGAGAGGGGCGAUCGAGGGGAGAAGGGCGAGGUUGGCGAUUCCGGACUCAGUGGCACACCUGGCAUUCCGGGCCUUCCAGGGCCUCCUGGACCCCCAGGAUCGCCGGGAACAUCAGGGAACGGCUUCACAGAGGAGACAGCCGGGAGAGGACCCCAAGGCCCCCAGGGCCCCAAAGGAGAGCGAGGCCUGGCCGGCGACGCGGGGCUCAAAGGCGACAAGGGCGAGGCGGGCGAGAGGGGCAUGAGAGGAGAUCGUGGGGAGCCCGGAGAGAAGGGCAAGGAUGGCGAGCCCGGCAUUCCUGGAGACCCCGGUGAGGACGGACGGGACGGCAAGUCGGGCUAUCAAGGCUACCCGGGACCCGCGGGGCAUCCGGGACCUUCUGGAGACCCCGGACCCCCAGGAAGCAAGGGACCGGCUGGUCUCCCCGGUGGGCCUGGCCCCACUGGCAUCAAGGGAGAGAUGGGACCUCCAGGACAGUCUCAAGUGGGACCGCCCGGCCUUCAGGGACUUCCUGGUCCUCGGGGCCCCAACGGAGCCCCAGGAUCACUUGGCCUUCCAGGACCACCGGGUUUGCCAGGCCGAGAGGGAGAAAGCGGGAAGCCCGGAGUGGCCGGGAGAGACGGAGUUCCUGGAACUGCGGGGCUGGAUGGGCUCCCGGGAAAGAUGGGGCCCCCAGGACCCAUCGGGCUCACGGGCCCCCCAGGCCAGGCGGGAGACCGGGGACCCCACGGGCAGGAAUCGCCGGGAGCGCCCGGGGCAAAGGGAGACAAGGGUGAGCCUGGGGAGGGCCUCUCUGGAGUCACAACGCUCCGGGGGGUCAAGGGUGAACAGGGAGAAAAGGGAGACCGCGGUCCUGAAGGGUCCAGGGGAGAGAAGGGCAUGAUCGGAGAACCAGGAGACCCGGGCGAGAUCGGAUUCAAAGGGGCCCACGGAGAAAGGGGGUCGAAGGGGGAGCCUGGCGUAGGAACCGUUGGGCUUCCAGGGUCCCCUGGCCCCCCAGGACCUCCUGGAAUGGUGGGGGCUCCAGGUCUCCCUGGGGAGCGGGGGCUCGCAGGGUCCACCGGCCCACCAGGACCCACAGGGCCCCGCGGGGAAACCGGCAGCCCCGGCACGCCCGGGCCCUCGGGCGAGAAGGGGCCUCUGGGCUUCCCCGGGCUGGACGGAUCCACUGGAAAUCCCGGCCCACCCGGCCCCCUCGGUCCCCAGGGAGCUGACGGAAGGGCGGGUGAGAAGGGAGACAAGGGCGAGGUGGGGAGCGGCUUGCCAGGCCCCAAGGGUGACAAAGGGCACGCAGGAGCCACGGGCGAAGACGGCCGACCCGGACAGCCAGGCCCACCAGGCUCAGCGGGGGCCCUCGGCACGCACGGAGCUCGAGGAGACAAGGGGGAGUCUGGGGCCUCAGGAGUCAAGGGCGACAAGGGAGAAUCCGUGGGGGUCCCUGGCAGCGAAGGCAGCAAAGGAGUGAAGGGGGAGCCGGGCCCGAGGGGCUUACGGGGACUCGACGGUGAGAGGGGAGAGCGGGGAGAGGAGGGACCGCACGGGGAAAAGGGCACGAAGGGAGACCUGGGCCCCAGGGGCCCGUCGGGCCCUCCUGGUCUCCGAGGCCCUGCCGGAGAGAAGGGGGAACCUGGUGAACCGGGCAUCCCCGGGGACCCCGGGGAGGAUGGCAUGAACGGGAAGAAUGGGACAAAGGGAGACAAAGGAGACCUUGGCCCCCGGGGAGAACGCGGAGAGAGAGGAGAACCCGGAGCCAAGGGCAAAUGUGGGGACAACGGACUGCCGGGGGAGCAGGGAGACAGGGGCUCGGUUGGGAAACUGGGAAUCCCUGGCAAGAAAGGAGACAAGGGUGACCCUGGCAUCCCUGGUGUGCCAGGUACGCCGGGCCAAGAGGGCAUCAUGGGACCCAAGGGCGACCGUGGGCAGGACGGACUCGCAGGCCCCAAGGGAGACAUGGGAGACGGUGGAGACCGGGGAUUUCCAGGGCCACCCGGGCCUCAGGGACCCAGCGGAGCCUUGGGUCGCCCAGGGCCCCCGGGUGUGGCCGGACCGAUUGGGCCCCCGGGUCUGGAGGGGAUUCAGGGCCAGAAGGGUGAGCGAGGAGUUCCGGGUGACGGUCAGGUGGGGCCCAGGGGUGUUCCAGGGGUCCCGGGGCAGCGUGGCGAGAACGGUGAAUUGGGUCCCGAUGGGCCGAAGGGAGACAAGGGCGAGUCGGGGAUGAGGGAAGGUGAAGUGCGGGACUACAUCCGACAGGAGAUGAGCAAACACUGCGCUUGCGGAGACAGGAACGUGCACGUGGUGGUGAACACCAAUGACCCCGACUAUGAGCACGUGUUCGUGGUGGAGAAGCUCUCCGAUGAUCAGCCACAGCAGCAGCAGGCGCAGGAUCGGCAUGCGAAGGCCGCGGUGGCCUCGCGCGAGCGUUUGGCGCGGGUGGCGGGCCACAGCAGGCCCACCACGUUUCCAGCGGGGCCACCGGGAGCCUCCGGGGUCGCAGAGAAAGAGGAGGGGCUGGCGAGCGUCCCCUGGGACGAGGCGACGUGGAGCCACGCCCGGGCACCCGGCGAGUCGGAGGAGCACAGCGAGGGCCUCGGGGAGGCUCCGAAGAGAGGGAGCUCGGAUCCUCAAAGCCGCGAGCGGCGGCAAAUAACAGAUGUGGAAGAGCCGGACGGCCGAUGUCGGCUGGACCUGGACGAGGGCGACUGCUCGCGCCUCGCUCUGCGCUGGUACUACCGCCGCGCCAGCCACGACUGCCGCCUCUUUGUCUACACGGGCUGCGGCGGCAACGGCAACCGCUUCGAGAGCCGCGCCGAGUGCCAGGCGGAGUGUCGGCCACAGGCCGACCCCAGCAGAUGACUCUCGGCCCACCGAGGUGGAUCCGAGAACCGAGACUUGAAACGUAAUGCACACGCGGGCACGCUGCCGGCACCCGGAGCCCUGUAACUCCGACGUGACGGUGCCGGCCACCCAUCCGCCUGUCCUCUGUACCCCGCUGCCACCGCCAUCGCCACCACCGCUGCCAACUCGCCUGCUAAUAUUUUACCAAAAUCCCCCGUCCGCUCGAUGACGCUCACCACCAGACCGCGACAUCUGGCUCCAGCCUCCCGGAACUCCGUCCGUCCAUCCAUCGUGGAAUUCCAUCCGUGGUCGUCAGCUCCGAGCGUGGAGGUCGACGGUCAACGUACGCCGGCACUUCCUCUCGGCGCAAACUCUCCUCGAUGUUCCCCCUGCCCAGCCGAUGUCGUCCCAAUGCGACAUCCGUCCCUUGUCUUCCUCUCGCCCUCCCGCCUUCGAUUUUCCCAAGGAGGAGGCCGCGGCUGUCGGGCUGCCUGCGAGCCUCGCGCUGCAAAUCCGCAGUUUGCCGCCCUCUUCCUCCGCCUGAUUACAUCCACCGGGAUUAAGGGCCGAGUACUGGACACAAAUCCGGGGGUGAACAGAUCCCCUGGCUCAGGGCAACACACGGGUUCCACAUUCACGCCACACGCAAGGCUAGUUCGGAGCGCGCUUCGGUUGACGCGUAUACGUGUGAGUGGGGUCUCUUUGGCGUCAUUCCAGGAGAUGGCGUGGGUAUAUGCGUGCUCGUGUGCGCUUGCGCUGGUGUAUCCGUGUGCGAGUGUACGUUCUUCUACAUAGGUGUGUGUGUCUGUGUGUUUGAGUGUGGGGAGCAGGCGGGUAGCAGUGAGCGCGCUGCGCUACAAACCGGGCGACCCGAGUUCGAUGUUGCUCACGGCCAACACCCU